CAUAAAGAGCUCGUGCUCACUCGUUGAUUUCCGUUCAACUUCGACAUUUCCAACAUGGCGAUUGCGUCUUUACGAAACUCCGCGUCCUCGCUGUUGUUAUUAAGCAGACGUUUAUCCAGCCCGGAGCUGAGUGCUGUCUGUUCAUAUCACAAAAAGGUGCUGGACCACUAUGACAACCCAAGAAAUGUGGGAACUCUAGACAAAACCUCCAAGAAUGUGGGGACUGGACUGGUGGGUGCACCAGCCUGUGGUGAUGUUAUGAAACUUCAGAUCCAGGUGGAUGAAAAUGGCAAGAUUAUUGAUGCAAAGUUUAAGACAUUUGGCUGCGGAUCAGCCAUUGCCUCCAGUUCUCUAGCGACAGAGUGGGUGAAAGGGAAGUCGGUUGAUGAAGCUCUGAAGAUCAAGAACACAGACAUUGCCAAAGAACUGUGCCUUCCUCCGGUCAAGCUUCAUUGCUCUAUGCUUGCAGAAGAUGCCAUAAAAGCAGCGCUGUCAGACUACAGAAUAAAACAACAGGAGGAGAAGAAGGAGGAACGUGUACAUGCCACCAACUAAUGUGCUGUUAUUAACUAGCCAUUAUGCCCAGUACCAGCCCUGUAAUGUUUCACUUCAAUGCUGUUUGGAAGUUUGGUUACCAUAAUACUACAUCAGGUCUUUCACCCUUUUAUGGGACUUUUAAACCCUUUAACCAUCUCUGGUGUUAGUGGUGAUUAUUUCCUUUUCCUCAGAUAAUAAUAAUAACUCUGGUUGAUGGUGAUUUUGGAGUUGAAAGUUCACAAUGAAUAUAUUAAGACAGGUUUGAUACUUAAAGCUAUGUGAUGUAGGGUUUUCAUAAAGAAAGAAAACAACAUAUUGACUCAAAAAGAAUCCCUCUCAGUCAUCAGUGGUGGUGUCAGUAUCUGCAGAGAUCCUGCAUUCUGUCUGUAUUUUCUCUUUUUUUUUUUUCAUUUUGCUGUGUUCAGGGUGUUUCAGGGCAGCACAAAGCUAUAAAAAAACAUGCAGACACAGCACAGAAAAAAUGCAGAUUUAGCAGGGCAAAACACCAACUAGACAGAGCUCGUUCCAAGAUGACAGUGAAUCUGGAGUUUGUUUUCACUUUAAUUGAGCCGGGGAGGAGAGUCUAAGUUUAAAACUUUUGUAUACAAACCCAGGGCUUAGAGUUCUCCAGCACUAUGCCUGAUUUCAGCCGUAAACCUGCUUGGAAUUAAUAUAAUGCUUAAUUAAAUACAAUAUACACGUUUCCUCCUGGACAACUUUUCAAACUCAGAUCUUUUCUUGCUUUAAGACCUGCAAACCGUAAGCAACAAUUCCUGCAUAAAAUGACUUUACACAGCGGAGCUCAGCAUUGUUCUCAAAGGGAAAGAAAAAUUUGAAAAAUAUAGGUCGAGCUGUGUUUUCUUUCAUACAUAUUUUUGGCAUUUAUUUGGCUUGAUUGUAUAAAAUUACUGAUCUUAUGUGGAGGACUUAGAGUGAAAUUGCAGUUGACAUCUAAAGUACACAUACAAAAAUAAACGGAGUAUUGCAUGAGAUUGUGUGCUUAUUGUAACUCAAAAUAAUAAAAAACAUUUUCAGUGUG